UCUUUUUCUCUCUCUAAAACACGUUGCUUUGCUAGCUAUUAUUCCUUAACUCAUUGGGCCGUUUCAAUUUCAAACAAUUUUGUCGGCGACAAACGUUAUAAACGAUAAUUAAUUGCUUUAGUUAAUUUUGGGCAAUCAUAUAUUUUGUUACCUUAUUCUCCUUUUCACCUCCGCAAGUUUGAUUUGCUCGUAUGUUUGGAAAGGCUGGACUAUUUACCACUAUUUUAAUACCUUACAUACAUAAUUUUUUUUGUCAUUUAUAUAAUAACUAUAGUAAUAGUUCGUAUAGCAUAUGUUAUAUUUAUAUAAUUAAGCAGAGAGAGAGCUACCCUGUUCCUGUACUUCUUUUUUUUCCCCUGGUGCAGUAGUUUGGGCAUCAGAGUCUUCUGUUGUUGUUGUCUCUUUGGAUGCUGAUGCAGAAGAAGCUCAGACCCAUGAAGAUGCUAGUGGUGUUGUUUUUGCUUCUGGUAUUGAGCAAUGCUGUGGAACUUAAUGUUAAAGAAAAUGAGGGAGAAUGUGAAUAUAAGCCAACAUUGGACCCAAGACCGCACAGUGUAUCCAUCCUGGAGUUUGGUGCUGUUGGGGAUGGGAAAACAUUGAAUACCAUUGCCUUCCAGAAUGCCAUUUUCUAUCUCAAGUCCUUCGCCGACAAGGGUGGAGCUCAGCUCUAUGUGCCACCAGGGAAGUGGCUUACUGGAAGUUUCAAUCUUACCAGCCACCUCACAGUAUUCUUGGCAAGCGGUGCUGUAAUUCUAGGAUCUCAGGACUCAUCUAACUGGGGAAUCAUUGAACCCCUGCCCUCAUAUGGUCGGGGUCUCGAACUUCCUGGAGCAAGGUAUCAAAGCUUGAUAAAUGGGUAUAUGUUACGCGAUGUGGUAAUAACAGGUGAUAAUGGAACCAUUGAUGGCCAGGGCUCAGUUUGGUGGUAUUGGAUCAGCUCUCAUUCCUUAAAUUACAGUCGCCCUCAUCUUGUUGAAUUUAUUGCUUCUAAGGAUAUUGUUGUGUCAAACCUUACUUUUUUGAAUGCCCCUGCAUAUCAUAUCCAUCCAGUCUAUUGCAGCAAUGUGCAAGUUCUUAACAUUUCAGUCUUUGCUCCACCUGAAUCGCCUCUCACUGUUGGUAUAGUUCCAGAUUCUUCAGAUAAAAUAUGCAUAGAGAACUGCAACAUUACAACUGGCUAUGAUGCCAUUGCACUCAAGAGCGGGUGGGAUGAGUACGGGAUUGCAUAUGGCAGACCUUCAACAAGUAUACACAUUAAACAAGUCUACCUUCAAGCAUCAUUUGGCUCUGCCCUUGCCUUUGGCAGUGAGAUGUCUGGUGGCAUUUCUGAUGUGCUUGUGGAGCAUCUCCACCUCCACGAUUCUCUCACUGGAAUUGAGUUCAGAACUUCUAGAGGUAGGGGUGGAUAUAUCAAAGAGAUCAUUUUAUCGGAUAUUGAAAUGGAAAAUGUCCACACAGCAUUUGGUGCCACGGGACAAAGUGGGUCUCAUCCUGACGACAAAUUUGAUCCUGACGCUCUCCCAGUUUUGUCUCAAAUCACCCUGCGGAAUGUGGCUGGUAGAAAUAUCACUCUUGCUGGAAGCUUCAUCGGCAUUCAAGAAUCUCCCUUCACUUCUAUAUGUCUAUCCAACGUUUCCUUAUCAGUCUCCUCUGGCUCUGCUACUUCUUGGGUUUGUUCAUAUGUUUUAGGUUUCUCUGAGUUUGUGUUCCCUGAACCAUGUCCGGACCUUGAGACCUCAUUUUCAAAUUCUUCCUUAGCUUGCUUCUCCCUCCUGAAUUCUAAUGGUCAUGCUGCAGCUUUAUGAUACCAUUUCCCCCACAUUAAUAUUUGAAACUCAUCUCUCAGUUCCAUCGGACCGGGGAUAGAACCAAAGAUAUUUCUACCAUCUUCACUCAGGACAGAUUCUUUCCAAUAAGACCAUCUCCCCAGAACACCUGUUUAUCUCCUUCCCUAUUUGCACUCUUGCAUGUUACCUUCUUCAGAUUAUGUGUACAGCCUCAAUUCUUCAUUCAUGUGUAAGGAAUUUUUGGUAUUGAAUUUUUUUUUCUUAUUUUUGGUUCGUUAUUCUUUUCAUUGUAAGUGAAAUGUUAAAACAAAUAUUGUUGGAUAUGAAAGGCAGAAAUCAUUUGAAUGAAGCAUCUCAAUUAUCAAACUAA